AAUCCUGUACCCGAGUUGCAUAUACAUACUCAUGUAUAUGUGUAUGUAUAUAUUCGUUUAAGUCGUCUUAUGGUGAAAAUCCUUUGAUGCGCACCACCUGUUUGAUCAUAUUCCCCAUCUAAAAAAGCGAGAAAAAUUCUUCCUCUCUCAAUUGGUGUAUCUCUCUCACUCUCUCUCUCUCUUUCUUACCUCUUCUGAUUUGUUAAAGACUCAAAUUUUCAACUCCUACAAAAAUGGGUCGCCUUGUAUUCGAUUGACGGGUUUGAUUCAUUUUCCUUCUUCGUUUCAGGAUUUGGGUUUUUUUUUUCUUCCUUCUUCUUCUUCUCAUUUCAAAGUAGUUUCAUCUUCGUGGAGAGAGUUUCUCUGAUUUGAUCGUCGUCAUGUCUAGUCCGAGAAGUUCCAAGCCGAAGAUCGUCAACGGUCCUGGUGAUUAUAUACUACAGGACGUUCCUCACCUCAUCGAUUAUCUUCCGGAUCUUCCCACUUAUCCGAAUCCAUUACAAGACAAUCCAGCUUACUCAGUCGUCAAGCAAUACUUUGUUGAUGCAGAUGAUAGUGUUCCUGAAAAGAUUGUAGUUCACAAGGAUGGUCCCAGAGGAAUCCAUUUCAGGCGCGCUGGACCACGCCAAAAGGUUUACUUUGAGUCUGAUGAAGUCCAUGCUUGUAUUGUUACAUGUGGAGGUCUCUGUCCUGGUCUCAACACCGUGAUUAGAGAAAUCGUGAGCAGCUUAUCUUACAUGUAUGGAGUAAAGAGAAUCCUUGGAAUCGAUGGUGGAUACAGGGGAUUUUAUGCCAAGAAUACUAUCCCCUUAAACUCUAAAGUCGUGAAUGAUAUCCAUAAACGUGGAGGAACAAUCCUCGGGACCUCACGAGGUGGACAUGAUACCACAAAGAUAGUUGAUAGCAUCCAAGAUCGGGGAAUUAAUCAGGUUUACAUUAUUGGCGGAGAUGGAACACAGAGAGGAGCUUCAGUAAUAUUUGAGGAAAUUAGAAGGCGUGGACUUAAAGUUGCUGUGGUUGGAAUUCCGAAAACGAUUGAUAACGAUAUACCGGUGAUAGAUAAAUCUUUUGGGUUUGACACUGCUGUGGAGGAAGCUCAACGAGCGAUCAACGCAGCACAUGUUGAGGCCGAGAGUAAUGAAAAUGGUAUUGGUUUUGUCAAGCUUAUGGGUCGUUACAGUGGAUUCAUAGCGAUGUACGCUACAUUAGCGAGCAGAGAUGUUGAUUGCUGCUUGAUCCCCGAGUCACCAUUUUACCUCGAAGGAGAAGGUGGACUCUUGGAGUUCAUAGAGAGACGGCUCAAGGAGAAUGGUCACAUGGUGAUUGUUCUUGCUGAAGGAGCAGGACAAGAUUUGAUGUCCAAAAGCAUGGAAUCUAAUACUCUUAAGGACGCGUCUGGUAACAAACUUCUGAAAGAUGUCGGCUUGUGGCUAUCACAAAGCAUCAAGGAUUAUUUUAAGAAGAUUAAGAUGGUGAUGAAUCUCAAAUACAUUGAUCCGACAUACAUGAUCCGGGCUGUUCCAAGCAAUGCAUCAGACAAUGUUUACUGUACACUUCUUGCUCAGAGCGCGGUUCAUGGUGCAAUGGCUGGUUACACUGGCUACACUAGCGGUCUUGUCAAUGGAAGACAAACAUACAUCCCUUACUACAGAAUAACAGAGAAACAGAACAAUGUGGUGAUUACGGAUAGAAUGUGGGCAAGGCUAUUGUCUUCUACGAACCAGCCAAGUUUCUUGGGCCCUAAGGAUGUAUCUGAGGAGAAACAAGAGAUGGCAGAGACGCCGCAUCUUGACGGUGCAAAUGGUGACGGAGCUAUCGAUAUUCCUCCGGUGACUAAAGAGAUCACUAAGUGAAAGUAAAAGAUUUGAUCAGACAAUUUUUCAGGCAUAUAUAUAUACUCAGGUCUCAAGGCUUUCUGAAGACGGUGUCGUUUUAGGCGAAAGUGAAAUAAUUGUUUGUUAUGGCGAUUUUGCCUUUAUGUUGGCAAACAGCCAAACACUCAUAUUUUAGAUGUUUAGUUUUGUAUUUUCUUUUUGGCACCUUCCAACAUUCAUAUUAUUUAUUGGAUAUGAUUUUUACACUAAAA